AUGCACAGAAACCUCCAUGAGCCCAUGUAUGUUUUCAUCGCCGCUUUGCUUCUGAACUCUGUUGUUUUCAGCACUAACAUUUAUCCAAAACUGCUGUCAGAUUUUCUAUCUGAGAAACAGAUUGUAUCGUAUUCAGCUUAUUUGCAGUCUUUUCUCUUUUUUCUAAGUGGCUCAGAGUUUUUACUGCUGGCAGCAAUGGCCUACGAUCGCCACGUGUCUAUAUGUAAACCUUUACAAUAUGCAACAAUAAUGGCGAGAAACACGGUUAGUAUUUUCUUGGUGCCUGCCAGUGUGACGGGUGUGCAGGUGGUGCUGAGCUCCAACAUUAAACUGUGUACACUGCAUUUGGAUGGGAUCUUGUGCAACAAUUCAAUUUACAAUAUGUACUGCGUCAGCUCAAAAGUCCACAUCGUAUUCGGUGCUCUUUCUGUGGCAUUGAUUGCUUUUUUCUCCCUGAAUUUCAUCAUUUUCAGCUACACCAGAAUACUUAUCAUAUCCUAUUGCAGCUCUAAAGAAAUCAGAAAGAAAGCAGCUCAGACCUGCUUACCCCAUCUGCUGUCCGACUGGGAUCCAACCUUACAAAAUUAG